CACCAUGGCGACCUGCCUGCCAUGGCCCCCACCCCCACCCCAACCUGGGUCCAGCAUGGUUUUUCAAAUCCAGAACGUCAGAAUGGGAAGGGCCUCCUAGAUGAGCAGAUUCCGGCCCCUCCCCUUGUCCCAGACGGAGAAACUGAGGCCCCAGUGGGGAAGGGAGGGUGGGACCUGUUGUUCAAGGACCUGACCCCAGCCUGUCCUCCCUCCCCCGCACUCCCACCCCUAUGUCGGACCAGGUUGGGUUAGGGGAGGAGGGCAGUCUGGAGUCUGAUCUCCCGGGAGCGGGGCGGGCCCUCCACCCACCGUGAUGUGGGUGCGAGCAGCACAGAAACCAGACACCGACGAUGAAUAAAUGAUGCCCGCUCGCAGCCUGCGACCAGAUCGCCACCGCCGAGCGCCGGCUGGCCAGCGGGCAGUCACAGAGCCACCCCUGCCGGCGGCCUCCCUCCGCUCCCCGACCUGCGGCCGAGGCCUGGCGGCGCGAAGAUGGCGGGGCGGCGGCGAGGCGCGGGGCCCCUCUGGGCGCUGGGCGGCGCCGCGCUGGGGGUUUGCCUCGCGGGGGUCGCCGGGCAGCUGGUGGAGCCCAGCACGGCCCCGCCCAAGCCCAAGCCGCCCCCGCUGACCAAGGAGACCGUGGUGUUCUGGGACAUGCGCCUGUGGCACGUGGUGGGCAUCUUCUCGCUCUUCGUGCUGUCCAUCAUUAUCACUCUGUGCUGUGUCUUCAAUUGCCGCGUGCCACGGACCCGGAAGGAGAUUGAAGCCCGGUACCUGCAGCGAAAGGCAGCCAAGAUGUACACGGACAAACUGGAGACUGUGCCACCCCUCAACGAGCUCACAGAAAUCCCUGGAGAGGACAAGAAGAAGAAGAAGAAGGACAGCGUGGACACAGUGGCUAUCAAGGUAGAGGAGGAUGAGAAGAACGAGGCCAAGAAGAAGAAAGGAGAGAAAUGAGGAGAGCGUCCUGGAGGUGGAGCUGGGGUUGGCAGGCCCUGGGGCUCAAGUCCUGGCCAGGAUCCAGGCACCUUAGACUCCAAGCUCAUCCAUGGACCAUAGAGGUUGCAGAACAUCUUCUCCCUGCUCAGAAGGGGAGCUGGGGUCCAUGGCCACGUCCUUAUGGCCCAUUGGGGCAGGGACAAGACUGCACCAGCUGUCUGACCUCCCAGCCUGGACUCCACUAUUUUCACCCCAUCCACAUGGCCACUCAGCAACACUGGUCUUGGGCCACUGUCCUGCAGAUCCAGAGCAGCCUCACACCUACCCAGGCAUGCCUCUGUCCCACUCCUUCUGCCAGGAACAGCAGUGGCUAAAGGAGUAACAGGAUGUGGGUUCCCUUCUGGAAGGGGAUGGCUGAACUGGAUAGGCUAAGGUAUAAGGUCAUCCCCAGGCUGGUCACUAGGAGAGAGAGGGUCACUGGAGGGGGUUGUGGCAGCAGGAGGUUCUCGGAUUUGGCUAGAGAGCAGCCCUGGUGGGGAGCCAUGCUCCAAGCCUGGCAUGGGUUCUUGCUGAAGUGGGUGAGCAGAGGUGGCCCAGAAGCAGGAGAACCCCAGUGCAGCAGAUACCAAGCUCAGGCAAUGGGGUGCGCUUGUUUUACACAUUGUGAUGGGGCUGAAGCUGCCAGGGGGUGAGGCCCAGGGCUCGGGGCUGGGGGCUGCAGGCAUGCAGAGGACGAGGCCAGCAGGCCAGAGGAAGACAGCGCCCCUUCUUGGGAAUCCAGGGAAUAUUUGAGAAGCCAAGAGGGACCUUGGGCUGCCCUGGUAGCCCUUCCUAUGCUCAGCUGUGGGGGCCACAGGGCCCUAGGGGAUCACCACAGCAGGCAGUUAGGGCUUGAGGCAGCAGCCAGCCUUCUACCUGCUGAAUAUAACAGCAGGCAGUGCCUCUUCCGCCAUUCUCAACUGUGUUGCCUAAAGGAAGCGCGGCUGGCCAGAAGCAAACGCCACCUGAGGACUGCCUCCUUGGGGAUGGGAGAUGCAGAGGGGUUUCCAGAUGGCAGUGAAUGUCAGCUGAGGCGCCCAGACCUGGGCCUAGAGACUGAGGAGACACCAGAGAAGGUUUCUGAGCCAGGGGAGGUGCUGGAAAAGCUCACGCUGCCUCUGCAGCCUGCAAAGAUGUGUAAAUAAAGCUGAGUGCCUUCUCCUACC